AUGUCGGUUACUGAGAUUGCCGAUCCUAUGGGGUCAGAGAAGAACACCCACAAUCAAACUGUCCCCGUGAACGACCGCGUGGACUUGUUGGGCCAGGGAAGUCCUGGUGUUCGUCGGAUUGAGAUUAUCAAUGCGAACUUCAGACUGGUUGAUCGCGUGUGUCUGUUUCUUGCGAUUUUCUUGAUCGCUUAUGUUUAUGGUCUGGAUGGAACUGUUCGCUAUGCAUAUCAGCCCUAUGCCACCCAGUAUUAUGACAACCACAGUCUACUCGCGACCAUCAAUGUUCUGCGAGCCGUGAUCGCCACCGCCGCGCAACCCACCGCUGCCAAAAUUGCAGAUGUUUUCGGCAGAGCGGAACUUAUCCUCGUCUCGAUUGUUUUCUAUACUGUUGGAACUGUAGUUGAGACAUGCGCGAAGAACAUGGAGACAUUUGCUGCAGGCGCUGUGAUCUACCAGAUCGGAUACACUACUAUCAUGCUUCUCGUCGAGGUUCUCAUUGCCGAUGUUACCUCCACCCGAUCCCGUCUCCUCUUCUCCUACAUUCCUGCUAUGCCAUUUAUCAUCAACACUUGGAUUAGUGGCAACUUGACGACGUCCGUGCUCAAGGUUACUACAUGGCAAUGGGGCAUCGGCAUGUUCGCAAUUAUUUUCCCCGUGUGCGCUAUACCUCUGCUUGCAGUCUUAGUUAUCGUCAGUCGACGCACAAGAAAGAGUGGUGCUCUGGAGUCUUACAAGAGCUCUUUUGAGCUGCUUGGCGGAAGGAAAUUGGCGUCAGAGCUCUUCUGGCGCCUAGAUAUUAUCGGCAUCAUCUUGCUGAUCGCUAUGUUGGCUUGUAUCCUUGUUCCGUUCACCCUUGCCGGAGGUGUUACUUCUCAAUGGAAGACUGCUAAAGUUAUUGCGCCUCUUGUUGUGGGUGUUUGUUUGAUUCCCGCUUGGAUCUUCUGGGAACGGACUUGCAAGUAUCCCAUGUUGCCUUUCAAGCUUGUCCGAGACCGCGCUAUUUGGGGUUCUAUCGGUAUUGCUGUGAUGCUUAACACCGCGUGGUACUUGCAAGGAGACUUCCUGUACACAGUUCUCAUCGUCAGCUUCGACGAAACAGUCACCAGCGCAACCCGAAUCACCUCUCUAUACAGCUUCGCUUCCGUCCUUACUGGUGUCUUCAUUGGCUUCGUCGUCCUUAAACUCCGCCAAUUGAAGCCCUUCAUCGUGUCCGGCACGGUUCUCUUCCUGGUUGCCUUUGGUAUCCUAAUUUACUUCCGCGGUGGCAGUGAGGGCUCUAGUCACUCCGGUGUCAUUGGUGCGCAAGUGCUGCUAGGUAUUGCCGGCGGAAUGUUCCCCUACCCAGCGCAAGCCAGCAUUCAAGUCGCAACCAAGCACGAACAUCUCGCGGUUAUCACCAGUAUCUACCUAGCAUCCUACCAAAUCGGCAGCGCCUUAGGCAACACUAUCUCCGGUGCAAUCUGGACCCAAGUUCUCCCAUCGGAACUGAACCGUCAUGUCGGCAACGCAACCCUUGCCGCCGAAAUUUAUGCUCAACCCCUCAAUUUCGCAGCCCUCAAUCCCGUCGGCACCCCUGAUCGUGAUAACGCCAUCCUCGCCUAUAAGCAGACCCAGCGCUUGCUUUGCAUCACUGGUAUCUGUCUUACUGUGCCUUUGAUUGCUUUCGCGCUGUGUAUUCGUAACCCUACUCUUACUAAGGAGCAGAGCUUGGCAAAGGCUGAGGAGGAGAGUAGCGAUUCUGACUGA